AGUGUCGCUCGAGACUUGGAUCGGAUCUUCUCAGUGAGAUAUGUUUGGUUUUUUACUUUUUGCAGCAAUUUUUGUGCUUGUGUUCGAAUAUGGGCUGUGUAAUGAUGUUUCGGGAGUGGUCGGACCAACAAAGAUCAAGGAAGGAUUCAUGGAAAGACGUAUCAGCGAAAAUGAUGAUGUUCUAGAGAUAGGGCGUUUGCCUACAGUGACAUUCCACGGAGAUUACACAUGUGAGGAGUUUGCUCAUGAGGAUGACUAUAACGACAAAUACUUGACAUAUGUAACUUUGAUACCUGGAAGCAAUAAUCAAACAGAAAAAUUGGAAGCUGGAAAAAUUUUGGAUUAUUUUUUUCACAUCCUAAGAAAGGAGAUAUGGAGCUGUCACCAUGUAGAUGAUUCCGUAGAGUCUCCAGCCGUCUACAGAAUAGUAAAUGAGUUCAUAGGCAUAAGACAGAUCGGUGUUAUCAGAUAUACGCCAAAUAUUGUAGUGAAAACUAAAUACUAUCUGGGAGAGAGGAGACAAACCGCUUGGUUGAGAGAAGUAGCUUUCUACAAAACUUCUACCUCAGGAUCAGCACUCGAACCGUGUAGUGGAAACGAAAUGACUUUGUGCUCUCUGUACCAUUAUAGCAGGCUGCUGACUAAAAGGAGAGCAGAGUACACACCCUACCAGCCAGGUACCGGAGUUAACAAUCAGGAAAUUCUAGAACUGAAAUACUUUGAGGAAUCGCGUCCAAUAGCUUUCACCAGAGGAGAAGAUAUUCCAGCUAUGUCUUUGGGCUCCAAAUUGAGUGAAUAUGAUCUGGGCUCUUCUAAAUCAGUAGCUGUCUGUAACGAGAUACAGGGUGUGAGACCGUUUCCCUUCUCGUACAGAACUAUGGCGACCGUACAUGGGCGAGUUGGUAACACUGAUUUCAAGGCGUUCCACGUGCAGGAGGACUUCUAUUACGAGUUGAUGGUCCCUACAGUGGAGCAAGUGUGGCUAUGCACAAUAUCAAAGGGUGAUGACCUUCAUGACCAGUUCUACCGAAUUUUCAACGAGCUUGUUGGUCGAAGACCAGUUGGAAAGAUGAAUUCCUACCAUACAAUUGUCUAUGUUGCCGAUGUACUUCUGCCACAUGGAAAGAAAAGCUUUAAAAGUAGAGAGAUCAAAUACGUGGAUCCAGAGAGUGGGACAACAGUUAACUAUCGUGGCUCUCUAAAAUUGUACAGAGAAAAAAAGGAAUUGGAUAUGAAUUCACGGGAAAUGAAAUUCGGUGCAGAUCCUGGCUGCAUUUUUAGAUCUCUGGUUGGUGCCAGAGGGUACGAUUUCAGAAUAGGAACCAAAUGGGGGAAGGUUAUUGGCGAUCGAACUUCCAAAGUUCGGUAUGUAUACCUGUAUUUGCUUUCCUGGGAUUUGGAAUCCACCUAG